AUGUCCGAUUUACAGUUGAGCAUAUUGAAGAAAGUCCACGACUCCAAUGGUGUCAUUGAAAACACCUUACAGGUCCCCGAAUUCGCCGACAUCGACGCCAAUACCUUACACUCCAACUUGACCUCGUUAUGGGCCAAGGAAAUGAUCACAUUCUCCAAGAUUGAAAUCGACCAAUGGAACCUCACCCCAGAAGCUGAAUCUUUCGUCACCAACGGUGCCACCCCCGAAAUCCAAGUUGUCGAUGAGGUAUUGAAGUCCUUGGAGACCUUGACCAUCAAUGACUUGAAGGCCAAGUUGGGUCCUAUUGGUCUCGUCGGCCAAGGUAAGGCGUUCAAGAACAAGUGGUUGAGCAAAGAUGGCGACAAGUUGGUCGCCAAGGUGGACAAAUUGCCCCAAGAUAUAGUGUUGGAAGAAUUGAAGACAAUCAAGGAAACUGGUUCCUUGGAAGACAAGAAGGAAUUAACUGAGUUGAAGAAGAGAAAGUUGAUCACAUUGGUAAAGAUUGUCGGUUACAAGGUCGAAAAGGCCGCCAAGUUCGCCUUGGAAAUCAAGAGUUACGAAACCGAUAUCACUGCUGAGAUGGUGGCCAACGGUUCGUGGAAGGACGCUGAAUUCAAGCCUUACAACUUCAACUCCGAAGGUGUCUACCCACAAUCUGGUGCAUUACAUCCAUUGAUGAAGGUGAGAGAAGAAUUCAGACAAAUCUUCUUCUCCAUGGGCUUCACUGAAAUGCCAUCCAACCAGUACGUCGAAACUGGUUUCUGGAACUUCGACACCUUAUUCGUUCCUCAACAGCAUCCUGCCAGAGAUUUACAAGAUACUUUCUACUUGAAAGAUCCAGUCAAGGCUGGAAAGCCAGAAGACAUGGAAUACUGGGACAACAUUAGAAAGGUCCAUCAAGAAGGUAAGUACGGCUCCAUUGGUUACAGAUACCCAUGGAAGGAAGACGAAUCUUUAAGAAUGGUUUUGAGAACUCACACAACUGCCAUUUCUUCCGCUAUGUUGCACAAGUUGGCCAAGGACCCUAAGCCAUGCAGACUUUUCUCCAUCGAUAGAGUUUUCCGUAACGAAGCCGUUGAUGCUACCCACUUGGCCGAAUUCCACCAAGUUGAAGGUGUGUUGGCUGGUUACGACAUCACUUUGGGUGACUUGAUUGGUUUCAUGGAAGAUUUCUUCGGCAAGAUGGGUGUCAACGGCUUGAGAUUCAAGGCUGCCUACAACCCAUACACCGAGCCAUCUUUGGAAAUUUUCGCCUACCACAAGGGAUUAGGCAAGUGGGUUGAAAUUGGUAACUCCGGUAUGUUCAGACCAGAAAUGUUGGAGUCCAUGGGCUUACCAAAGAACUUACGUGUCUUGGGUUGGGGUCUUUCUUUAGAAAGACCUACCAUGAUUAAGUACGGAGUCUCCAACAUCAGAGAAUUGUUGGGACACAAGGUUUCCUUGGAUUUCAUCGAAACCAACCCCGCUGCCAGAUUAGACGAAGCUUUGGUUUAA